GAGAAGAACGAUCGAGCGAGCCCCCGGAGCAACCAACGGAAAGCAAUAGUAGUCUCCUGUCGUUCGAGCGGCCCGCACGACAAAUAAAACAGAAAGUCAACGGUACGCGUACUACAUUGCAGCAGUCGUCCAAACAAGAUAAACAAACUGAGCUGAUUACAAGUUUGAUAAGCUUCUCGAGCGUGCAAGUGGAUUGGUGAAUUGCAGGCACUUUUAAUCAGCGCCGUUGAGAACGUACAAUAAUAAGAUGCCUCUGCAGGCCAAAAUCCGUGCGCUGACCACGCUUCUCGUUGGAGCAGACAAAAGUUUCGGCGUUACUUGCCUUAGUCGUAUUGCCGGGCGCAACUUCUCCACAAGCAGCGCUGCUAACAUGAGGUUUGUACAAUUCGUUAACAAAAACGGUGGCCCCCAACAACUAGGAGUCCAGCUGAAGCAGGGUGGUGACAUCGUUGCAAUCUCAGUACUUAAUUCAAGAAUUCCAAACUCGUUAAAAAAGUUCCUGGAAGGCGGAGAAGAGUUCAUAAAGAAAGCAAAGAGAAUAGUAGCAGAAGGCCGCAGUGUAAUACCUGAGAAAGAUGUAACAUUCCUUCCACCCAUUACUCGUAUGGAUAAGCUCGCUUGCGUGGGUCUAAAUUACAGCGGCCAUUGUAAGGAACAGAACGUGGAGGCACCAUCGAAUCCUGUUAUUUUCAGCAAAUUUCCCAGCAAUAUCAUUGGUCCUUAUGACGAUAUUCAUUUGCCAACAAUAUCAGACAAAGUAGACUGGGAAGCGGAAUUAGCCAUUGUAAUUGGCAAAAAAUGUAAAGGCCUAAACAACCACGAGGCUGAAGAGCACAUAUUUGGCUAUACCGUUGCUCAAGAUUUAUCGGCGAGGGACUGGCAAAAAGGUAAACGAAACGGUGGUCAGUUCCUGUUGGGCAAAGCGAUGGAUAACUUUUGUCCAUUAGGUCCAGCUGUUGUUACUAAGGAAUCCAUAGCCGAUGUGAAAAAUUUAUCUGUUAAAACUUGGGUCAACGGAGUACUUAAACAAGAUGGUAACACGUCCGAACUCAUCUUUAAAACGCAAGAUAUCGUUGCUUACAUUUCCCAAUUCAUGACUUUACUACCAGGUGACGUCAUUUUAACUGGUACUCCGGCUGGUGUAGGCUUUGCUAGAAAUCCACCAGAGUACUUAAAGAAAGGAGAUGUUUUGGAAACUGAAAUAGAGAGUAUUGGACGUCUUAAAAAUAAUUGCCUCUGAUGUUUGAAAGACGAUUUUCCGUGUUCAGAUGAUGUGAGCAGCUCCAUCCCAAAAGUUUCUAUUCGUGCCAUAAACUAGUGAUUGAUACUUUUGCACGAAUAAUAGUUGAUUCAAAAUGAUACUUAUUAAUAAAAAAUGUAGGACAGCUGAAUACUCGAAAAUUACGAACUCUAUACUGAUCUAGUAUAUUUUACAACCAAUGUACUUUAAUCGGCGAAUUGUGCGCCUGUGAAACUUAUAAUAUUGCCAAUAAUUAAUUAUGCAAUUUUGUUAUAGACACAGAUAUUUUUAUUCAAAAUAAUCGAUAUUUAUACAUAUGCGCCGAUAUAAAAUAUAAUUAUGAAGAGUAGAGUAAUUGCUAGAAGAGUAAGAAUGUGCUGUUGUACAACGUUUGUUAAUUUUUUCUCAUGAAAAAAUUUAUAUCAAAAUUUCACUUAUACAAACUAUUGGAGUUGAAAUUAGUAUGUUUAUACUGGAAUAAAAAUUGAAACUACAUUAUCUUUUAUGUAGUUAGUAAGUUGCUUCUCGAAGUCAUUUUCUACAAAGGUUCGAGACGAUUCUCAAGUUUUUCGGAAUACGAGUCGGUUUGAGCUUUAAAGCCAUUUACACCGACCACGUUGUGAACUCUCUUUAUAUUUGUACUUGGCUAGCCUUUAAGCCUUUCUUAAUGUUUAAGUAUCCAAGUUAUACAUUAUAUCCUUUGAUUAAUAUGGUCAUUUUUAAUUUGUAAUCUUUUAUUAAUUAUAUCAAUAUUGAAAAACUGUACAGCUAUAAUAUAAAAUCUUUUGUAAAAUUUUAAAUUUACAUUAGACUCGUUAAUACGAUAUGAAAAACCGUGUCUGUAUUGUCUGUAAAGACUUAGAAGAAGAUAGAGUAAUUGACAAUGUCUAUAUUUUACGGAAAGCAUUCAUAUACUGAAUUUAAUUUUUUUUUUAUACUGUUCAGUAAUAAUCCAUUUCGAAUAACCCUACGUGAUAAGAGAUUUUCUUUUCGGAAUAUUCUUAUUCACAAAAUAUUGUUGUGAAUAAAUUAGAUUGGUUGUCUUAUUUUUUAUUUCAAGUCUGCGUUUACUUGAGGCUCAUAUUAAUCAACCGUAUAGUUUGAAUUCUAGCGCGUUGUACAGCUUCCUAAUGUACCGAUUUAUACAGAUUUGUGACUCCAGUACGAAUAUAAUUAAUAUAAAGAACAUAAAAAGCUAUAACAA